GCCGAAGCGUGUCAAGCGAGCCUUAGUUCUUGUUACGAGUAACGAACGAACGAUACGACCACAUUCCCAUCUCCGCCGGCCAAUUGCCGCCCCGCCGCACCUCCAACCGGCGACGAGGACCUCUCAACAGACGAGACUGAACAGAGAAAGAGACACACGAUGGCGGGCGGCGGCACAGCGUACCGGCAUCUCGGCCGCGACUCGGCCCAUCGCCAGGCCCUGCUGCGCAACCUGGUCACGUCGCUGAUCCGCGACGAGAGCAUCCAAACGACGUGGCCCAAGGCCAAGGAAGCCCAGCGCAUGGCCGAGAAGUUGAUCACGCUAGCUAAGAAGAACAACGAGACGUCGCGCCGCAAGAUCCAGGGCAUGCUCUUUACACCACAAGAACUCAUGCCCAAGGUCCUCGGCGAGCUGCGUGAGCGCUACGCCGACCGCGCGGGCGGGUGCACGCGGGUGCUGCGCACGGAGCCCAAGGACACGUACUCGCAGGCGCCGUCGGCGAUCCUGGAGCUGGUCGACGGGCCCAAGGACAUGCGGUUCGCCGUGACGGCGGCGGCCGUGGCGCGCGACCGCCGCAUGGGCGUCGAGCACUCGCGGCUGACGCUCAAGAACGUGGACAAGGUCACGCGCUACCGCCCCGGCGGCAAGCAGGCCUUGGAGGACAUGGUCAAGCGCGUCAGCAAGCUUGCGCUCUAGUCAUGUCGGUGAGGUCAACGCUAAAAAAAUAAGAAUAAAAGAAUAAACCCAAUAAGAACGAAAAAAAGGGGUGGUUGUAAGUUGCAAGCCCGCCGCAGCCGAGCAAGAGCAAGCAAGGCAAGGCAGGUAGGCAUGGAGGCGUGUAUAUGUAUGUAAAUGUUUGUAUCUAUGGUGUGAUCCUCAUUUUCUUGUCUCUUUCAUUUUUUUUUUUAAAAAAAAAACACUCAUGGCUGCUGUUAGAAUACAAGCCCGGCCCGAACAUAGAGGCAAUUCUCGGGUCUUUCUCUUCUUUCUCGAGACUUGGACGGGGAAAUAGACCUGGCAGAGUUUGUGUAAGUAUUGUUGCUACCCUUCAUACAAAAAAAAAAGAAAGAAAGAUAAAUUCAACACAAUAAAUUAAUAUAGAACUAC